CCAGGAGCGGUCGAGCUGUCGCGGCGCCACCCCGUCGCAUCCUGGCUGUGUGCCAUGCUGCAUUGCUUCGGAAGCUACAUCCUGGCUGACCUGCUCCUUGGGGAGCCACUGAUCGAUUACUUCAGCAACAACUCCAGCAUCCUGCUGGCCUCAGCUGUCUGGUACUUGAUUUUCUUCUGCCCCCUGGACCUCUUCUACAAGUGUGUCUGCUUCCUGCCUGUGAAACUCAUCUUCGUGGCCAUGAAGGAGGUGGUGCGAGUCCGCAAGAUCGCGGUGGGCAUCCAUCAUGCCCAUCACCACUACCACCACGGGUGGUUCGUCAUGAUUGCAACUGGGUGGGUCAAAGGUUCUGGUGUCGCCCUCAUGUCCAACUUUGAACAGCUGCUCCGAGGGGUCUGGAAGCCAGAGACCAACGAGAUCCUGCACAUGUCUUUCCCUACCAAGGCCAGCCUGUAUGGAGCCAUCCUCUUCACCCUCCAGCAGACCCGCUGGCUCCCAGUGUCCAAAGCCAGUCUCAUCUUCAUCUUCACCAUGUUCAUGGUGUCCUGUAAGGUGUUUCUGACAGCCACCCACUCACACACCUCCCCCUUUGAUGCCCUGGAGGGCUACAUCUGCCCCGUGCUGUUUGGUUCGGCCUGCGGGGGUGACCAUCACCAUGACAACCACGGUGGAUCCCACGGCGGUGGUGGGCCAGGAGCUCAGCAUUCGGCCAUGCCUGCCAAGUCCAAGGAGGAGUUGAGCGAGGGCUCCAGGAAGAAGAAGACCAAGAAGGCGGAUUAGGGGGUGGCCCAAGGGGCACUGGAGAGAGGACCUGGACCCAGGACCCUCUGAGCUGGGAGGCUUCCUGCACUCAGAUCUAUCCUUCCCUGGCCUUGACUUCCCCAUCUGCACAUCAGGGUCAUUGGCUCACCCUCCAGGGCUGAUGUGAGGGUUGAGAUCUGGGGAUGAGGAUGAAGAACUUUUGUAGAAAUUGGGGUUCCCUCUUUCUUUCUGCCAGGACCCCAUAGAGUCACAGGUUUUGGAGGGGUUCACGGAAUCCUGGCAGCAGCUCCAGCCAAGAAUAUCACUGGUUGGCACUUAUAUUCUUAGUUCUAUUUUUCCUUCUUUAAAAUUGCAUCUUGACUGGGCGCAGUGGCUCAUGCCUAUAAUACUAGCGCUUUGGGAGGCCGAGGUGGGCGGGUCACCUGAGGUCAGAAGUUCAAGACCUGCCUGGCCAACAUGGUGAAACCCCGUCUCUACUAAAAAUACAAAAAUUAGCCAGGCGCGAUGGUGCACGCCUGUAAUCCCAGCUACUCGGGAGGCUGAGGCAGGAAAAUCACGUGAAUCCGGGAGGUGGAGGUUGCAGUGAGCCAAGAUCAUCUCACUGCACUCCAGCCUGGGCAAUAGAGCAAGACCCUGUCUCAAAAAAAAAAAAAAAAAAA